CACAGGCGCUCUGCCCGCCUGCAACUCUUUGGUGCAAAAAACUCGAUGGUUUCCUGUUUUUAAAAGCACGAGAGCGCGAAAGGGAAAGAAAGCGGAGGGGAGAAAAAAGCCGCCGCCGGCCUUUGAAAAAUGCCGAAACUGCCGCAGGAAGGCCCGAAUCCUUUAUUUACGCGAUGGCUGGAGGAAUGGCGCGACCAGGCCGAGGAGAACGGACGCCUCAAGAGCCAACGGGCCUAUGAACGUGCCCUGAGCUCCCUCCGCAAGUACCCCCUCCCUCUGCGCAGUGGCCGCGAGGCUCGGAUUCUGAUGUAUUUUGGGGAGAAGAUCUGCCGUCAGCUGGAUGAACAGCUGGAGAGACACCGCAGCAGCCAAGACGAUACAGCACCAGCCGGUGGGCCAAUCCCAAUGUCUCCUUGUAAAGGUCAUGAAGACAUUGAUGAUCCAACUUACAGCGAUAGGCUGGUGCUACCACCUGCCCUGUCCUCUCUGGAGCCAGUCCAGCCUCAAGAGCAACCCUCAAAGGUGAGGAAAUCUAGCUGUGAAAGGCCUAACUUGGGGCUGUCGAAACCCCAGUUUGUGCUGCGACCUGGAGGGUUCGAUGUGAUCCUUUGCGUGGAUUUCAUCGAGACCACGGGCGGCCCCACGUCCCGUAAACAGGAGCUGGUGCGCGAACUCCAAGGUCACAACGUCCCGUUUAGCAUCCGGAAGCUCCACGUUGGUGAUUUCCUCUGGGUGGCCAGAGAGCGGGGUCCCCAUGGGGCAGAACUCUUGCCGCCAACCACGGCUCGUGAGCUGGUUUUAGACUACGUGGUAGAGCGGAAACGGAUGCCGGAUUUAUGCAGUAGCAUCAUUGACGGUCGCUUCCGGGAACAAAAGUUCCGCCUGCGACAGUGCGGUCUUUCCCACCCCAUCUACCUGGUAGAAGACGCAAAUUCUGCACAACACCUCAGCCUUCCCGAAAAGACUCUGCAACAAGCCAUUAUCAAUACUCAGGUGAUAGAUGGCUUCUUUGUCAAACGUACCCGUGACAUUCGGGAAUCUGCUGCUUAUCUGACCAUCAUGACCCGUCAUUUGACCAGACAGUACAGGGACAAAAUGCUUUUGAGUUGUACCAAGCAGGAACUGGAGGAUGAGCGCCCCCUGCAGCCCAGGGCGGGUAUCUGCAGGCUUCUGACAUUUGCUGAAUUUAACGAAGGGGCUGUAAAAAAUAAGGCACAGACGGUGUACGAAGUCUUCGCAAGGCAACUGAUGCAGGUCAGCGGCCUCAGUGGAGAAAAGGCGGCUGCCAUUUUGGAAAAAUACAAGACGCCCGCCAGCCUAAUGGAGGCUUACGCUGCGUGUCCGGAUGGAGAAAGUCAGGAGUAUCUUCUGAGUACCAUCAAAUGUGGCCAACUCCAGAGAAACCUGGGUCCUUCUCUUAGCAAGAUGCUGGCUCAAUUGUACUGCACGCCUGGACCGCUGCCUUGAAGAUCGAGAGGUUGUGAGAAGUGUGCAGUGGCUGUGUGUUUGUGUGUGGGAGAGAGAAAAGAAUGACAUUUACUGUGCUGUCGAUGAAGAGAGAGAUGCCCACAGUUGGACACUGUUUGUAAAACAGCAGGAAAGGAGCGUGCAUCGAAUCGUGUAGGCAAGAUUUCUUUCCCAGCUUGCACGUCCUUGCACAACCCGGGAGGGAAGAUUUUUUUUUUCAUCUCUGCCUGCACACACACACACACACACUUACUUUCUCCAGAAAAGGGUUUGGACAAAUGCUGUCAGAGUUCCCUUCAGUGCCCAAUCCUGUCUAACUCUGUCCUGUUUGACUGAAAAGAACCUAAGAAAGAUACUACUACCUCACAUGCUAAUAAAGUCCUAAUUGUCCUAAUACUCCAAUAAAGUUUCUAGUAGUUUUUAACAAGGGUUCUCCCUUUUCUCCUUUCAACCCUCCCAUCCUUCUCCCCCCUUCCUUCCUUCCUUCCUUCCUUCCUUCCU